UAAAAGCUAGCUGAUAGUUCAGGAUACUUCAGUUUCUGACUACUUCUCACGGAAAGAUGGAGCUGACGAUUCGACUUUUGGCAGUACUUGUAAUUUUUGUAUUGAUUACAAGUACAACAGAAGCCUGGUGGGGAAGUAGAAGCGGAAGCAGCAGUCGCACAAGCAGCAGCUCGAGCAGUGGUGGAAGCAGCAGUAGUAGCGGUGGUGGAAGCAGCAGUAGCAACAGUGGUGGAUGGCUAAGUAGAACGUGGAAUUAUGCUAAGGACUUCGCGGGAGGGACAAAGGAUAUGGCGAAAGCCUACAGUGACAUGCGAGAAGCAAACUAUAAGAAUUCCGACAAAUACUUUCAUGCUCGUGGGAACUAUGACGCAGCUAAUCGUGGACCAGGAGGCAAGAAAGCAGCCGAAAUCAUCAGCGAUCUUCGCGAGUGGACGGACAAGAAGUUCAAAGGGGACUCAAGUGAUGAAAUUGCUGCGGACCAGGAGGCGAAUGAGUGGGGCCGAAAAGGCGGAGAUCCAAAUAAAUACAGACCAGAGGGACUGCCUGAUAAAUACAAAAAGAAGUAGUUGAUGAAUGUUGCAAAUGAAAAUCAUGUUACAGACUAAAUAGAUAUGCAUCUAACAAAAAAAAAAAAAAAAAAAAAAAAUAAAUAAAAAAAUAAAAAUGCUUGUACGUAAACUAACAAUGAAUAUGAUUCUGCCAUACACGCUCCUUGGCGAAAGGGUGAUACAUUCCUUGUUAUCUUUUACAAAAAAAGAUUGUUUUUUUAUCAAUUUCGAAGCAAUGAGAAGUAAACAUAAUUGAUCAAAUUACUUCUGACACAGACUAACACAUGCUUACAGUCAGUGAAACAAAGGUGAAGUUAGAGUCGUUUGUACUUUCUAUUGUCAGUACUUAUUCUAUGUUCAUUUAUUUUUGCCUAUAACUUAAUCUAACUGAAAUGACCCAACUAUUUCUAAAUUGUAUAUUUUAUCUAGUAAUUUUGAUGGGGUAAGAUUUCUCUUCAUAUCAAAAGAUUAGUUAGAACAAUAUAUGACUUUAAAAGCAUACAAUCGAAAGGUACAAAGGAGGUAAGCGUAAAUAUACCGCUAUAAUGUAUCCCAGCUUUUACUAAUGUCUUCACAUUAAUAAUUUUUAUAAUAUGUAUAGUUUGCAAGAACAGCAUUUUUCCACAUUCUUGUUAUACCAUAUUUAUUUCUUUGAAUCGUCUGUCUCUGUUUAAGAAAUUGUGGAAAUAAAAAUACGAAAUUUAUUAACCAGACAAGGACAUGUUUACGUCAUACAGAGACGAAGUGCAUAUGCAGUUAUAUAUGUGGAGGGAAACCAUACCUAAAUUCUGUGCCUGAUCAGAUAGAAAAACACAAAUAUGAUUUUUACAGUCUUAGGGAGAGUAAAAAGAGUAAAAACAACAAAGUUAAUAAAAUCCUUGCUUGAAAACACCUGGACAUGAAAUUCCAGUAACAUCACAAGAAGAAUUACUGUCCUGUCUAUUUUACUUACUGUUUCGUAUGCAUUUCGAAUUUUGGUAUAAAUAUGAUAUUGCCUAGUAAAGCUUGUAUUUUUUAUCUACCUUUUUACUGUAAUUGAGUAUAAUUGUUAAAUGACAGCACUGUAUCUAACAAUAUUUUUCAUGACUAUUAAAGCAUAAAUCUA